GGGCCGAGGCCGAGGUCGAGGUGCGGCGAGAGCAGCAGCGGCGGCGGCGGCAGCAGGAGGCCCCGAGAUGCCGAGCAAGAAGAAGAAAUACAACGCGCGCUUCCCGCCGGCCAGAAUCAAGAAGAUCAUGCAGACAGACGAGGAGAUUGGCAAGGUGGCAGCAGCUGUACCUGUCAUCAUCUCCAGGGCAUUAGAACUAUUUUUGGAAUCGCUUCUGAAGAAGGCCUGCCAAGUGACCCAGUCUCGGAAUGCCAAGACUAUGACCACCUCCCACCUGACCUGGUUGCCGCCGUGCCCGACAUGCAGGGAGACGGAGAAGACAAUCAUCUGGAUGGAGAGAAAGGAGCCCGAAGGGGCCGGAAGCCCGGGGGCAGCAGGAAGAAUGGUGGUGCUGGAGGAAAGGGGAAAGAUAAGAAGCAAUCUGGGACAGACUCGGAGCAGGAGGAUGAUUCUGAAGACACAGAGACAGAUGGGGAGGAGGAGAUGCCACAGCCCCCACCCCAAUCCAGCCGGCCCAUGGCCCAGUUCCAGAGGUGAGGUUGUCGGCCUAGAGGCAGGAGUGGGGAGCAACAUGGUAAGGGGGGUUGUGGCUCAGGCCGGGGCCAAGAGGAGCAAAGAGGGUUCUGGCCCAACCCAGGUCCAUAAUGUCCGCACCACCAACCUGCCAAGCCCACUUGGCAAACCGUUCCAGCACCCCAGAUGUGCAAAUGGGCCCCAUAGUUCUCUAGGGUCCUGUUGGGGGGAGGCAGGGGUUCUGGCCUUGGGGAUGCCUGUACAACUAGUCUGACUGCCUCCCCCUCCCUUGUCUCUCUGCUCCACAGCCCCCCGGCCCCUUUCCUCCCCUUUUCCUCCACCCUGCCUCUCCCUCCAGCACCCCCUGGCCCUACAGCUGUUGAAGAAGAAGAAGAUUAUGACUCAUAGGCCCUACCCCCUGGCCCUCCCCACCUCCUCCUCCCACCCUCCACCCUCGUUUAGUCAAUUUUAGUGGCUGAGGGUGAGGUGGGGGGGUAGGGGAGGGCCUUCUUAAAUUUAUUAAAAAUUUUUAAAAAGAGG